AUUGGCAUUUAAAAAGAGGACGUGUCAGAUGGCGAACGGGUUUUGUGUUCAUAAACGAAAACGAAAGUGAAUUUUGUAAAUAAAAGCGAAAAAAAAAACAAAUAUUUAUCCCGCUAAAAACCGCAUAUAAUAAACCGCAGUCGAUUGUCAGAGCUACGUUAUAAGUUUUCAACGUUGUCGACCGGAUAAUUUAUUGUUUUAUUCAUAAACAGAAUACACGAACAAUGCGUGUGGUAAUUUCGAAAAUUGAAUGACUCAGUGUGGAGGUACCGUGAAAAAGUUAAUGAAAAGAAAGUUUUUACAUUUUUUUACAAUGACUGGUAUACACAGGGAUGCUCCUGUCGGAAUUCAGUGUUUACAAAGAUUUAGCUCGUGGCUUUGUCCUCGAUGGCAAAUAAACAGGUUGCGAUGGUACCAAGCGAGCGUGCUGAUCCUAACAUAUUUCACAUACAUGACGUACCACCUCACACGGAAGCCGAUAUCGGUGGUGAAGAGUGUCCUCCAUCAGAACUGCAGCGCGCUGCCGCCGCCGAGCUUUGUGCCGGCGGACGACCAGUGGUGCAAUUGGCCACCUUUCAACACAAAUGACGCGAACACGCUCCUGGGAACGUUGGACUCGGCGUUUCUUUUCAGCUACGCGGCCGCCAUGUUUGUUUCGGGUAUGAUAGCUGAGAGGGUGGACUUGAGGUACUUCUUAUCACUGGGCAUGAUGUUUUCCGCCAUUUUGUGUUAUUUGUUUGGCCUCGCGAAGACGCUGAACAUACACAACAUUUCGUAUUACUUACUUGUACAGGCGGGGGCUGGGGUGGCGCAAACCACCGGCUGGCCGGGGACGGUGGCCAUAGUGGGCAAAUGGUUCGGCAACACGAAGAAGGGGUUGAUAUUUGGGGUCUGGAACUCGCAUACGUCGUUGGGGAACAUCUUGGGCACGAUAAUGGCGGCGGAGUACGUGGAAAACGACUGGUCGCUGUCGUUCGUGUACCCAGCCUUGGUUAUGGGCGUCGUCGGGUUCCUCGUCUUCCUGUUCCUGGCCCCGGAGCCCAGGUGCGUGGGGCUCACUGUGGACAGGGGGUCGCCAAGCAGACAGCAACGAAGGUCUGUAGAUGAGGACGAGCCAUCACAAGUCAUUGUUGGUGAUCAGACGGCCAGCUUGCGGCCGAACCGGCAUUCGGCUAACUCGCCACCGUAUCAAGAAGACGAGCCAUCGGAAGAGACCUCGCUCCUCUCGAGGCGGCCGCGAGGGACUAACGCCGUCUCGCUCACACGCGCGCUCGCCAUACCGGGCGUUAUAGAGUUCUCUCUCUCGCUCUUCUUCGCUAAACUAGUGAGCUACACGUUUCUGUAUUGGCUACCGCUGUAUAUUAAUUCCUCUACCGCGCUGACCCCCCGGCAGUCGGGCGAGCUGAGCACGGCGUUCGACGUGGGCGGGGUGGCGGGCGCGGUGCUGGCCGGCGUGCUGGCGGACGCGGCCGGCUGCCCGGCGCUCGUGUGCUGCGCCUUCUAUGCGCUGUGCGCGCCCACGCUGCUACUCUACCAAUGGUGGGGUGCUACUUCGUACGCGUUGAACGUCACGCUGCUGGUGAUAGCCGGCGUGCUGGUGAACGGGCCCUACGCUCUCAUCACCACCGCUGUUAGCGCGGAGCUGGGUACCCACAGCAGUUUGUCGGGUGAUUCGCAAGCUCUAGCUACCGUCACAGCUAUAAUUGACGGCACCGGCAGUAUAGGUGCGGCGGUGGGUCCGAUGCUGGCGGGCGUGGUGUCGAGCGCUGGAACAUGGUCUUACGUCUUUUAUAUGCUUAUAACCUGCGAUUUCAUGGCCCUCCUGUUGUUAUUACGAAUAUCUAGAUCAGAAGUGAUGAAAAUCAGACAAGAUAGGCGGCUUGCGUCUCCGCGGCUGGUUCGUAUCGAAUAACAGUAUUAUGGUGCAAAUAUUUAUAAUAAAAUGUAUAAUUAUGACGGUA